UAGUGGUCAUGUGCAUUUUAUUAUUGCUUGAGUGUGGAUAGUGCCUAUGGAUUGCAGAUUAUUUUGUGUAAAAUAUACAUGUGCAUCUAGAUUGCUGGAUUCUUUUUGUAUUAUAUGUCUUAUUGCCUCUGCAGCUGUGUAGUUUAAGUAUAAUUACUGAAUCUGUGCAUCAAUUUAAUAAUCAACAUGCACAUGUAGGAUGUCGACACCUGAGACUAGAACCAAUGAGACCAAUGUGACUGCUGUAGAGAAUCUCUUGAAGAGGAAUUCAGAUGAUGUGGGAUGGGAGUAUGGGGUUCUAAUUGAUGCUCAGAAUAAGGACGAAGUGAAGUGCAAGUUUUGCGGUCACCAAAGCACUGGAGGGGUUUAUCGAUUGAAGCAACAUGUGGCCAAUGUUGGAAAAAAUGUGAAGAAAUGCAGGGAGAGCACUCAGGAAGCUAAAGAAAAGUGCAAGAAAUCACUAGAUGAGUCAAAAAGGAAGAGGGAGGAAAAGACUGUCCGUGAGCUAGAGCUUAGAGAAGAGGUCAAUGUUUCUCGGGUUGGAGAGGAUGAUGAUGAAGUAACUUGUGUUGGAAGCUCCGAGCCUCACAAAUUAGGACCCAUUGAUAAGUGGACUCGUGCUAUUGAUCCUAAAGCAACAAAAACUGAAUCUUUGAAGCAACAAAAGUUGAACAAGGAGCUUUGGAAGGAAAGAACACGUGAGGUGCAGAAAUAUAUUGCAAGAUGGGUCUAUACACAUGCCAUACCAUUUAAUGCUUGUGACAAUGAUGAAUUCAGAUCCACAAAUUCAUCUCAAUGCGCACGGUUCUCCCGAAAUAUUUCAUACAAUUGCUGA